AACGAGUAAAAAUGUGUUCCACAAAUUAUGCUAAGUAACAGAAAAAGGUUAAAUUUGACAGUAUAAAUAUGGCAUUAAUUUGGUAGAAAAUAACAUCAUUCCAUUGAAUAAACUUAACUGGAGAGACCGAGGCAAAGAUAAAUCCAAAGUUCUUUGUCUCUCCUCUCCCAUAUAUGUAGUCUAUAUGCUGGUCUAUAUUAAAAUACACAAAAGAAAAAAAUAGAGCAAAGACUAAAGCUACGUUAAUAGAAAAACCAGUUUUAUCUUAUUAAUACAAUAACAAAAACAUAAACAAAGCAAAAAUGACAACAUCAAUUCAAGCCCCCAACCAUAAGAUCACAGUCUAUGUGGUAUCAUGUUGGAUCUUUGCGGCCUUUGGAGGGCUUAUGUUUGGUUACGAUAUUGGUAUUUCAGGUGGAGUAUCAGGUAUGGAUGAUUUCUUGAUAAAGUUCUUUCCAAAUGUAUAUAAGAGAAAACUUAUCGCAAAGGAGAACAACUAUUGUAAAUACGACGAUCAACUCCUCCAACUAUUCACCUCAUCUUUGUACCUAUCAGCAUUGGUUGCUAGUUUCUUUGCUUCCAAGGCCUGCUCAGCUUUGGGCCGUAGGCCUACCAUUUUCAUGGCUUCAAUCUUUUUCAUUGCUGGGGCAAUUUUAAGUGCUGCCUCCGAAUACAGAUGGAUGCUCAUUCUUGGUAGAAUUUUGUUUGGUGUUGGUGUUGGCUUCGGAAAUGAGACUGUUCCCCUGUUUUUGACAGAGGUAGCACCAAUCCAACUUAGAGGAGCAGUGAAUAUUAUGUUCCAACUUUUUGUAACAAUAGGAAUAUUCAUUGCGAAUCUGGUGAAUUACGGCACAUCCACAAUGCACCCCCACGGCUGGAGAGUGUCACUUGGCCUUGCUGCUGUCCCUGCAGUUCUUCUGCUCAUCGGUUGCUUUGUUAUCACUGACACUCCUGCCAGUCUGAUUGAACGUGGCAAGGACGAACAAGGCAAAGCUGCACUAAAGAAAGUUAGGGGAGUUGAUGAUGUUGAAGCUGAAUACAAGGAAUUAGUUGCUGCUUGUGAACAAGCCAAGGAGAUUAAACAUUCGUUCAGGAACCUUAUGAAGGGUGCCAGUAUCCCACCACUUGUUAUUGCUAUACUAAUUCAAAUCUUCCAGCAAUUCACUGGAAUUAACGCCAUUAUGUUCUACGCACCUGUGCUAUUCCAGACCAUGGGAUUCAAGUCCGAUGGUGCUCUUCUGUCCUCCGUCAUAACUGGACUUGUUAAUGUUGGCUCCACCUUUGUUUCCAUCUUUGCUGUUGACAAGGUUGGAAGGAAAAAAUUGCUCCUCCAAGCUUGUUGCCAGAUGUUGAUCUCUCAUCUGGCAAUUGGAAUAAUAUUGACAACCAGUUUGAGAGAGACAGGAUCAUUGAACAAGACAUUGGCAACUGUAGUGGUGGUUUUUGUGUGCACAUUUGUCAUGGCAUUUGCGUGGUCAUGGGGACCCCUAGGAUGGUUAAUUCCCAGUGAGACUUUCCCAAUGGAGACAAGGACAGCCGGUUUCGCCUUUGCAGUCAGCACAAACAUGCUCUUCACCUCAGUAAUCGCUCAGGCGUUCUUGACAAUGCUCUGCCAUAUGCAGGCAUACAUUUUCUUCUUCUUCUCUGGCUGGAUCGUCCUUAUGGGAGUGUUCGUCAUCGUCCUUUUGCCAGAAACCAAGGGAGUCCCAAUUGAAUCAAUGGUUGAUACUGUCUGGAAGAAACAUCCCGUAUGGAAGAAAUGUUUCAAGAAUGAAUGAGUCAAAGGGUGCUACCAAAUGGCUUAAUAAUACAAUUUUCAACGUCUACUAUAUAACAUAAUUGAUACUUAUGUGAUAUGUAUAAUUAAUCCCCUCCACCUACCCUCCUAUGUUUAAAUUGGUUUUGCAUUCUUUGGUUUGUCAUUUAGCGCUUUGACGUAUGGCAACUAUUGCCAACAAUCCCUAUCCUCCUAUCUGUAAAUUUUUUUCCCUUUUAUAUAUCGUAUUAGUGCUCUUAUCAAGACCAUUGAAUGAACUUUAAUUUUGGUUCAUCCAGUGAGUUUUGAAGAGUACUGGCUUCUAUUAUUAUAUUUUCCUUUCAUGAUAAUACCUUGUAUUUUUGUUGUUUUAUAAAUUUCUCUGUUUUGGAA